AGCCAUUUUUGCUCAAGGCGGGUGCAUGCUUUCGCUUGACAAUCACACAUAUUGCUGAGCAGUUACCGUACUUGUCUCACCAUGUCGGGGAAAAACGAGGCCUCGCGCUCUCCCGACGGCCCGGCGCCCGCCAGCCGCCGCAGGAACAGUUUGUCUCGAGCUGUCUCUUACGUCAGGCAAAGCCUCCCGGGAUUGCCAGGCCGUCGGGCAUCUCGCGCGGCUGCGCGGUUGCUCAUUGCCACGCAGACGUCAAGGGACAAAGAGGUCGCCCGUGAGCGCUUGGAGGAUGCGUGCAACGCGUGCUCGGUCGAAGCGCUUCAGGAGGCCAUCCGUUAUGCCGGCGAAAAGGACCUGGACACAGACGAGAUGUAUUCGGAUGCGUACAUGAAGGCAGUUGUCAAGCUGGCAAAGGAGGAGCGGAAACAGGAAGCACGCACACGUUUGGCUGAUGCUUGUGAGAAGGGCAAGAAGGCGGGGCUACAAGAAGCCAUUGGUGCUGCCAAGGAGGAGGGUCUCACGUCUGAGGAUCUCAUAGUGGCCGAAAACCUGUUGGAGAGUGUAGAGCGCAAAUUGGCUGCGAUGGGCGAGUUAAAGAAGGCUUACCUGGGUAUCUUAAAGAGCAGUGAUCAUGGAUCCGAUGCCUUUCAGGCCAAGCUAAAUGCCUUCAAGGUUUCCCUUGGUCAGGCAGGAAACGCAGGGUUCGACGCGGCCCAGCUGACCCUCAGGCUCGACGCGCCGCGGUGGCUGUUCGUCGGCAACCCAGGGGCGGGUAAGAGUACUUUGAUGAAUUGCAAGGCCAAGGAAAUUAUGUUCAAGUCUAACCUCUCCUCCGGCAGAGGGGUGACCUUCCAAUUGGACAUCGACAUGGACGAAGACUGGAACGUCUACUUCGACACGCCAGGGCUUGCAGACGUCGCACUGCGGAAGGAGGCUGCCGAAUCAAUUUCCAGGGCCUUGGGCAAAGGCGGCAAGUUCCGCGUCAUUAUCGUUGUGUUGCAGCAACAGGGCCGCGUUCGCCCGGAGGACCGGACCACCAUGAAAUUGAUCUUGGAUGCAAUUCCGGAGAUCGGGACCCAGUACACGGUGGUCGUCAACCAGUGUGGCAUUGGCGCGAUGAAGAAGUUCGAGGAGAACGGUGAAUUUAGGAAGACGUUUCUCAGCUAUUUGUUCCAGGGCAUGCCCAACCCUACAGAUCGCGUUUUCUUCCUCCCAACGGUCACGGUCAUGGACGGCGCGGAAGACCAGAUCAUGCCCUUGCCAGAACAUUUCUCAAAGUUUCUGGACGAGGCACCUUACGUGGAAUUGAAGCCCGGGCAGGCGAAAGAGGUGAACUCAGACACUUACGACGACGCCCUGACCAAGAUCGCGGAACUAAAAGAGCAGAGCGAGGAGGAAAAACAACACAUACUGAAGCAGGUCGAAGAUGCCAAGAAAGCAAACGACGCGAUGGCGAAGCGCGCCGAAGAGGAGAAAGACCGUUUGGAGAAGCAGGUUGCCGAGGCAAGGAAGGCAGCUGAGGUCGAGCGGGCAAAGGCGCUGAAGGCGCAGGAGGAAUAUCAGAAGAAGGAGAAGAAAGAGAAGGAGGAGUUCCAGAGGCAGGUGAAGCACCAGCAAGAGGAGUUAGAGAAGGAGAGAAGGAAACUGAUGGAGGACGAGGCCAAGAACAGGCAAAAGCUGCAGGAAGAAGCGAGGAUCAAAAUGGAGGCGGCUUUGAAGAAGCACCAGUCAGACAAGGCAGCGGCGGACAAAGCGAAGGAGGAGUUGGCGAGACAGUUCGCUGAGGAGAAGCAGAAGCUGCAAGGCAUGUACAUCGAGAAGGUGCGCGAAGCUGAGGAAGAUGCGAAGCGCAAGGAGAGGGCGAUGAAGGACGAGUACGACAAAUCGGUACGGCAAGCAAAUCUGGAGCUUGAGAGACAGAUUCGGCCCGCGGCAACAGGCGCCGUCGCGGCUCCGGCCGCAGCAGGCGCCAGCGGGGCCGCGAUAGCGGCCAUGAUCGGGAUGGGGGCCGGCGCAAUCUGCGGCGGUCCAGCCGGGGCCGCGGCAGGAAGUGCUUUGGGCAGUUGGAUCGGCGGUUUGUUCGGGUAAACGUAUCUUCCCGAAAUCAGCGACGAUGCGUAGAUAUUGCUCUGCGUGUGUCGUCUGCGCAGUUGCUCGUGGGCCAGCGCCGCCCUCCCCUCCCCCCCUCUCCUCCCCCCUCGUUCCUUCGCAGGUCGAGCCAUGAGCAAGGUAGACGCACUUACCUGUGCUCGGCCACGACUCUCUCUCUCUCUCUGUCUGUCUCUGUCUCUCUCUCUCUCUCUCUCUCUCUCUCUCUUUCAAACCGGCUUUGAGCUAUGCAGGCUUGCUUGCCAGUGCUCGACCACGGACAUCUUGUUUGGAAGGGGAUGAUAUGGGGCGCUAUUCACCAUCUCUCGUCCAACUCUGCGGAAGAGGGCCUCUUCAGCUUUGUUUCCAUACGCUGCCCGUGCAAUUUGGCACAGGGUAGGCUUCGCGCACCAUGUCAAGCAGAGACCAUUGUCGGUGCGGGCUCUGAUUUUCCUGACAACUUCUUUCACCCUUUGCCAAGCCAUGUGGCUUGUUCCCGAGCGCAGUGCUGCCAGCUUCUCCAUCUUCUCCCUCGCGCGACCCGGCAUAUUCGGGCAGCGCACAUCUCUACCCCAUCCCGAGCGUGACCCAGCACACCUGGGCAGCGCACAUCUUUUCUCGUCCUCCUCAGCGUGACCCGACACAUCCAGGCAGCGCAAACCUCGGGGGGGGGGGGGGGCCCAAGAACACGCCCACGCCAAGAAUCGACCAGAACGGGAAGGGGAAGGGGAGGAGGUGCCGUGCCCCUUGUUUUGUCCGCGGGUGCCUCCGCACGCGCAACGAAGGCCUGCGGGCGCGUUCCGCGCUCGACAAGUAGCCAUCGCUAUCUUGCUCUCUCCCUUCUCAUCACUCUCUCCCCCCUCCCCUCCACGCUCCCUCCACGCGUGAUGCGCAUAGCGGGCUUCGCCUGCUGAGCUACAUUUGGCUCGCCGCUGCGUUGUAGUGGAUAUCUCGAAGAGGAGGCACCUGAUGAGGCUGUCGGCGCUGUUUGGUGCAAUGUGCCACCGACCUGCUGGCAGAAGAGGGGGGCAUCGGGAUAAGCUAUUUUUUGUUGAGCGCGCGGCUUGGGCAUCAACUGCAGACCAGGGCAGCAACGCCUGUUCGUUUUGGGGCAAAAAAACAAGACGCCUUACAAGAGGGGCUCGGAAGGUCUACACUCAUUGGAUAUAUCCUUGCCGGGUUGUUGUCUGGAUCGUUCCCAAUGCGACGUACCGCUGUGUAGUAGUCUUCCCCUUCGCAGAUGUUUUCACGGUUGCAUCCAAGUGCCUGAAUUCUGCAAGCGCGCCACGACCCAUCAUCGCAUUUAAACAUUGUUGCAGCUGUGUUGUCACAAGUUGGUGGGUUUCGCUGACCGCCACUUUGAGUUACACUCAUGUCGUCUGUUGAGAAACUCAUUUUUUUGAGCUGGGU